ACAACAGCAAAAUAAGGUUUGCCUAGCAACAACUUCUGCUGCAGGGAAGAACGAUUCAGUGAUUAUCUCUAAGUUCUAGUUAAGGCUACUACUUAAAAACUCUCAAAAUGUCUGAUUUAGGCUCAGAUUAUGAUGAAGAAGAGCAAGGGCCAUAUUUAGGAGAAUAUGAAGGAGAAAGGAAUGCCAAGGAAGAGCGUCAUGGUAAAGGAAAAGCAACACUGCCCAAUGGAGACAUGUACGAGGGCAUGUAUGAGCAUGGGAAACGCCAUGGAGGGGGUGUGUAUAAAUUCAAGAACGGAGCAAGGUAUAUAGGAGACUACAAACAAAAUAAGAAGCAUGGAUCGGGGAAGUUCAUUUAUCCAGAUGGUUCAAUAUAUGAGGGGAGCUGGGUGGAUGAUCAGAGACAUGGGUACGGUGUGUACACGUACCCUAACGGUGACAUGUACGAAGGUGAAUGGCAGAGCCACCUAAGGCACGGCCAGGGUGUUUACACCUACAAAGACACUGGAUCCAAGUACGUAGGAUCAUGGAUCAGCGGGAAGAGGGAAGGGGCUGGUGAACUCAUCCAUGCUAACCACAGAUACCAAGGCAUGUGGGUCGCUGAUCAGCCACAAGGCAAGGGCAAGUACGUCUUUGACAUUGGUUGCGAGCAGCACGGCCAGUACGUCCCCGUGGAGCAACCACUGGGUGGAGACCAGGAAGAGGAGGAAGCCCAGACCGUCACCGUACCCAAAUGGAGGGCGGGGCCUAUCCAGGCGGUCAGCCAGUACAACCCCGCCGAGGAAGCCAUCGCUGCCCAGCAGGCGGAAGAAGGGGAACAGGCAGAGGGAGAGGAAGGAGAAGGGGGUGACGGGGAAGGAGCCGGAGAGGGAGGAGAGCAGGCUGCAGAAGGGGGAGAAGGAGAGCAAGCAGCAGAAGGGGAUGGAGCAGCAGCGACAGAAGGAGAAGGAGAUGCCGCUCCUGCUGCAGAGGGAGACGGAGAGACACAGGAGCAGCAGGAGGAGCCAGCGGAGGGCGGGGAUGAGCAAGCGCCUGUAUCACCCGUUGCCGAGGAAACAGAAGAAGCUGAAUAGAAUCAUUCCUGCUCACGAGAUCUCGAUAAAACAUUUUAUGAACACUGUUUUUGAACCCUGGAACAUUGACUCCGGAGCAUUAAACCAGUGAGUGCGUCUCACCUUCAGUGAAAGUGGUUGCCACGGUGACUUGUCAUUAUAGCUGACCAUCGUUCUUUUUCAUGGAUUUCAAACCUGCUUGGAAAUGUGCCAUGCCCAACUGCUUUGUGUAUUUUUGUUACAGGAUGUCAUGAUUACCAGCAAAAAAAUUGUUUUACCAUUACUGUGCCUCCUCCCUCCUUUCAACUUGUUCCCUUUUCUUCAAAAUAAUUUUUGUCAAUUCAUCAAUUCAAUUCAUUAUUUAUUUGCAGUCUCAACUCACGAUUGAAAAUAUCAAAUACAGAGGAAAUUUACUAAGCAUGUAUAGAAAUAUAAAUAUUCAAUAUUUACACACAACAAUGAAUGAUCAUAAAAAAUUAGAUUAUGAGGGAACUAGCAAAGGCCUAUCGCAGGCUUGUCCCUGAAAUAAUUGCAGUAAAAUGAUUAAGUUUGAAUAUAUAUAUAUAUAUAUAUAUAUAUAAAACAAAGAAGAAAAAGACCCCCCCCCCCCACACCCAAAUAAUCCAAUAUUUAUAAGAACAUUGUAUUGAUAUCUAGAAAAAAUGGUACAAUUCAUAAUUAUGUGUAAAAGACAAUAGAGUGGGCAUAUAUUUUAUGUUACUGUAAGUCAUUCCAACAUUUUGUUCCAGCAAAGAAGACGUUUCAAC